UUAGAUGAAACGUGCAAUAUUUAUAUGAGAGCAACCUAUAAGAGCGACACCGAUAAUUGUGUCACAUUUCGCGCUUUGUUCUUUGGCCAACAAAAUGCCAUCACUUUGUUUGUUGUUGUCCCCUGCUGUUGCCAAGGAAACGAAAAACGCAAACACAACAAGUUACGUCGGUGCUCGGUCGAUCCUAGGUGUGUGUGUGCCACACAUCCUUCCGGUCCAAUUUGUAUACCAAAUAAAAGGGUAUUGCACAAAAAAGGAGCGCUCUUCAAAUUAUUUGUACAUUUCGUUAAAAAUUCAAACAAAUAAUAUGCCCAACAAUGUGCAAAUAAUGUUGUUUUGAAAUGCAAGUCAACGACCAGGAUAUCGAUCAAGGACCUAGAUGAUACUACGCAUUUGAAUAUGCUGUUAGGAACCUAAGCAACUAAAUACAUUUAAGCACCGCAAUUGCCUUAAACAUAAACAGACGAGAAAGAGUAACAGAGAGAGACAGAGAGAGAGAAAGGAGAUCAGCAACGUAUAACUAGUCAACGAAUUUCCGCAUCGAAAGUGUAAACAUCUGGCCUUCAACUACAACUACAACUACUACUACUAUAACCAAGCAAUUUGUAUUUAGUUACAUUUGAAUCCUAGCUUGUAGAGCAUUAAGCAAAUGAAAUGAGCACACGUCUGGCAACUCAGCGUCAAUUCAUCAUCACGACGAGCGCCGUUGAGGCCGCCACAGUAGAUGCCAGCCAAACAGAUGCCGAGGAGCAACAACAUCAACAACAACAACAUCAACAACAUCAGCUUGUGACCAAAACGACAACAGGAGAUGUCCUGACAGUGGAGCCGAGAACACCAUCGACACCAACAACACAUGCGGAGGCAUUUGAAUUCUGUACCGAAGAUGGUGUCGUUGUGGCUGCCACAUUGGAAGAUGUCAUGACACAGAAUUGUCAGCUCUUGCAAAAGAAACUUAGAGAUGGCAUUAACGAUGAUGCCACAGCGACCACCGAUCAGCUGGAGGUCAUUCGUGUUGUCCUGCCCAUGGAUACCAGCGAUUCUAGCCAGGAUGCGCAACUGCAUGCCCAUAUCAAUGCUGUGAAUAAUGUGAGCAGCAGCGAUGCCGUCGCCGCAUCCACAACAAACAGCACAACCACCAUACACACCUUACCCGGCCUGGGUGCCAUCAAAGGUGGCGUCGAUCUGGCGCAACAAGUUGCCAAUGGACAGUUGACCGUGGUGCAGGCCACCGAGGAUGAUGAUGGCACACCGUUCAUUACGGUGACGGUUUCUGGUCAGGAGCAAAACUAUCAAGUGCAAUAUGUUGAUUCGGAACUAUAUCACAGCAAUUCGAGCCAGACGCAAAUGACGUACCCAUUCUGCCCGGUGGGCGAUUAUCAGGGCAAUGGCCAGACGUAUUACUCGACAACGGCAGCAACUGGCAACUAUGCGACAGCGGCGGCUGGCAGCACAGCAAAUGCCCAUUCCACGACGCUGCCGUAUCUGGUACCUGUCGACGAGAGUCUGCUAUUGAAUGGAUCCUCGCAGUCACACAGCCGGGACUCGCCGCAUAGCCUGACGCAUGAGGUUGCCUACAUACAGGAGGCGCAGAGCACACCACAAACGCCCACCUCGACAACAACCACCAAUUCGGCCAGCGGCGGCAGCAUCGGCAACGGUGCCGAUGGGGCGUCACCCGAUAGUGACCAGAGCGCCAUGGGCACCAGCAACAAGAUUGCCUCGGCAACGAUUAAGUGGCUGUCGCGCAACUACGAGACUGCCGACGGAGUUAGUCUGCCACGUUCAACGUUAUAUAACCACUACAUGCAGCAUUGCAACGAACAGAAGCUGGAGCCAGUGAAUGCAGCCAGUUUCGGCAAGUUGAUACGCUCUGUGUUCUCUGGUCUGCGCACACGUCGCUUGGGCACGCGCGGCAACUCCAAGUAUCAUUAUUAUGGCAUUCGCAUCAAGCCCGGCUCACUGCUAAUUCAUCAAUCCAUGGAGGACAAAACUAUGCAGGGCUAUGGCACACCAACGGGCAAUGGCGCCAUGGCCAACGUCAGCAGCAGCAGCAUCGGCGCCACCCAACUGGGCAGCUCAAAUGGCAGCAAUGGCUUAUCAUCGAAUUCUGGCCAGCGCUCAGCUGGCGCCAAGAAGCACAACUUCAAGCCGGAAACCUACGAGGCUUGCAUACAGUACAUUGGCGACGGUGCUGGCGCCAUGCCCGUCUUUCCGGCCAUCGAACUGAGCCACAGUUUUCACAGUGAACUCACCCUGGACGAUGUGGACACUUUUCGUGCACUUUACCGCGAACAUUGCGAAUCAUUUUUGGAUGCUGUGCUCAAUCUGGAGUUCGGCACGGUUGAGUUUUUGCUGCGCGACUUCUGGCGCACCACGGACAACAACAAUCUGGAUGAGUGCGAGGAGGAGAAGUACUUGAGCAAGACGAAACUGUAUCUGUUGUGCCACUGCGCAGAAGUGCAAAAGUUUGUGCGCGAGGUGGACUAUCAGUUCUAUCAGAACACCGUGGACGUUAUAAUACCAGAUGUGCUGCGCUCGAUACCCAAUGCACUGACUCAGGCCAUACGCAACUUUGCCAAGAAUCUGGAGCUGUGGCUGUGCGAAAGCAUGCUGGGAGUGCCGGAGCAGCUGUCACAGAUCAAGACUAGUGCCGUCUCGGCAUUUUGCCAGACGCUGCGUCGCUACACAUCCCUCAAUCAUCUGGCGCAGGCAGCACGAGCCGUGCUACAGAACGGUGCACAAAUAUCCCAAAUGCUCAACGAUCUGAAUCGUGUGGACUUUCACAAUGUGCAGGAGCAAGCCGCCUGGGUGAGCCAAUGUGCACCGGAUGUGGUGCAGCGUCUGGAGAACGAUUUUAAGGCUGCACUGCAGCAGCAAAGCUCACUGGAGCAAUGGGCCAGUUGGCUGCAGCUUGUGGUGGAGUCCGCAAUGGAGGAGUAUACGGGCAAACCGAGCUAUGCGCGUGCCGCUCGUCAGUUUCUGUUGAAAUGGAGCUUCUACAGCUCGAUGAUAAUUCGAGACUUAACACUGCGUUCCGCAUCGAGCUUUGGCAGCUUUCAUCUGAUCCGGCUGCUAUUCGAUGAGUAUAUGUUCUAUCUGGUGGAGCACAAGAUAGCCGAGGCGCAGCAGAAGACGGCCAUUGCGGUCAUUUGCGAGCGCAUGAAGAAGGAAAUGGACUUUGAGUUCGAGUGCCAGUUCGCCUAUAUCACCAGCGAUGGGGAGCAGCAAGCAACGGCCACCUCUGUCAGUGGCGGCGGUGCCAAUGGUGGCGUUGGUGGUGCUGGUGCCGUAGGUGUUGCUGGUGUUGCAGCGACAGCGGCAAGUGCCACCAGUGCUGGCAACGAAGCCAAGCGUCUGAAGCAGGAAUGAGUGAGGAGUUGCCUGAUCAUAUUUGUAUCGAGUAUUCAUAGAGUCUAUGUAAACCGAAAUUAUUAUUCUGCUUUGCCCAAUCGAAUCGAUAUGCACACAACCCCAACCAAUACUUGGAAACUUUA